GGAAAAAGUGGGUAAAAUUUUGGGAAAAACGGGUGAAUUUUCCCGGGAGGUUUUUUUUUGGGAAAAAUGGGGAUUUUCUGGAUUUUUCCAGGCUUUUCUACGCCGGGGCGAAGGAGGGGCACCUGCCGGCCCUGCUGGCCAUGAUCCACCUGCACAGACACACCCCCGUCCCCGCACUGCUCGUCACAUGCGUGUCGACGCUGCUGAUGCUGGUGACGGGCGACAUUUACACCCUCAUUAAUUACGUGGGGUUCGUUAAUUACCUGUGGUACGGAGUCACCGUCGCCGCCCUCCUCGUCCUGCGCCGCACCGAGCCACACCUGCCCCGCCCCAUCAAGGUUUCCCUGUUUUUCCCGGUGCUGUACCUGCUGUUCUGGGGGGCCCUGUUGGUGUUCUCGGUGUGGGCGGAGCCUCUGGUCUGCGGGGUGGGUUUGGGGGUCAUGGCCACGGGGGCCCCCCUUUACCUGCUGCUCGUCCGGGGGGGCCACAAACCCCCCCAGAUCCGACGU